AUGGCGCUGUCCAACGCAGAUUUCCGUUCUCUGUUGAAUCAGGCAGAUGCCUCGAUUCUCGCCGCGGCAACGGCGCCUCGCAAGAAGAAGACCGCGGGCGGCCCCCCGCCCGCGGUCGACCCCGAGGCGGCCGCGCAGCGGAAACAAGAGAAGAGUCAGAAACGCAGGGAGAGGUACCUCGAGAUUCUGAAGCGCAAGCAGAAACACAAAGACGGCAAGGCGUCGAAGGCCGCCAACGAUGACGAACAGGGCGGCGAGAGCCGUGGCGACGGCUUCCAGCGCUACAAAGAUCGCGCUGAGGAGCGGCGGAAAGGCAAAGACGAGCUCUACCAGCAAGUCGCUGAGGAGCUUCAGGAGAUGAAAGAAAGAAGCAUUGAAGAGUCUAAAUAUCUUGGAGGAGAUGUUGAGCACACACACUUGGUGAAGGGGCUCGACUUUGCGUUGCUUUCGAAAGUUCGCAGCGAACUGGAGAAGGAGGCUGUGAAGAAGCAGCAAGCUGAGCAGGAGGGGACGGCGGACCAGAGGAAGGCGAAGAAGAAGAUGAGUUUCGCGACGGCACUGGGACGGCGAGUCUUCCACGCGCAGUUCGAGACGCUUCAUCCGCUGCAGGCGCGUUUCUCAGAUCACCUGAAACACCUCGAGAUGGCGACCGUUUCCGGACAGAAACUCCACAUUCAGAGCGAGACGUUUCAGCCGGGGCGACUGGCGUACAACUUCGACUUGAGCACAAAGAAGGGGGACAGAGGCCUCAAGCGAGAGGAGGGCGACAAUGCGAAGGGACUGCUGCGCGAUGAUAACAGAGAGGACUUCAUGCCGACGUUCAUCUUCCGCGGCGCGGACGACCCAGUGGCAAAGAAAUACGAAAAAAAGGAAGAAGGCUGCUCCACCGCUGUCCUACUUCCCAAAAUCACGCUGGAACUGCAGGAAGCCCUGGAGUGGCAUCGCGAGAACCGGAAGAAAAAGAAACACGAGAGAGUUGCGCGGCGUCCAGGAAGCCUGAAGGCGGUGCGAGAAGUUGAGGAGCGCGCGGCUGCAGCAGUAGCAGGGAGAGGAAACGUUCAAGUCGCUGACGACGAUGACAUUUUCGGCGGCGUCGGCGGCUUCGACGCGCAGAAGGCCCUCGAGAAUGCCAUCGCGGAGAAGGCGCAGGAAGACGCCGCCCGCGCAGAGGCAGGAAAAACUUUGCCCCGACUGGAUAUUAUCCGCGACGAGGAGGGAAUGGAAGUGGAAGAUGAUGAGCAGCCCGGUGCGCCGAUUGUUGGCCAGACGACAACGGAAGACCAAGAUCGCGGGUUCCACAGCGUGUUCAGACGCGACGAAGAGACGAUGAUCAAGCAGCGUCUGCAGGUGCUCAACGACCAGAGAGAAAAAGAUCCUGCCUUCGUCUCCGAUACAUACGCGGAGUGCUAUCCAGGAUUUGGAAGCGAAGUUGCUUAUUUGGGCUACGACUCCGAUGAAGAAGGCGACGGAAAGGAGAAGGCCAGAGUGGAUACUGGUGAAUAUCGUGUGAUUAAAGGAAAGAACCAGCAAUUCAAAUCCAAGGAAGAAUACGAGAAGUAUAUCGGCGAAGUCGAGUUCGUGCCUAAGGCCGCGCUGCAGUAUGGGCGUCGCUUGGCGGGCGAAUUCGGCCCCGGCGCAAAGAAGAAACGAAAGAUGAACAUCGACCAGGAAUGGAAAAAAAUCGAAGGCAUGCUUAAAGAGAAAAAAGCCAAGACAGCCAAUGCUUGA